AUGGCGCCCACAGUACGGUGGCUUGUUGCUGCCGUCUUUCUCGUGCUUCAACUUCAUGUCCGUGCCUCCAUUGCACGUGUGAUACAUGCACGGAAUGAGACCAGUGCAGGACGAGAGCGCAUAAGCCUGAACUCAGAAUGGCGUUUCCAACGCAACGAGACAAAUCCGGACGGACUUACUUACGACAUCCGCCCAGACCAAGCAGACUUAACUCUGGAGGUCCUCAAGCCAUGGAUUCUUCCGUCCGCCAAUGACUACAUCGUCAACUCUAGCGACAAACACCAGCUUCCUGAUACGGACCCCCCAGGGAACGAUGUUGCCUUCCUCCAAAAAGACUUCGAUGACGGUGCAUGGGAGAGUGUAACGCUGCCCCACGACUGGGCCAUCGCAGGGCCGUUCUAUACGGAUGAGGAUGAUCCAGUCGUAAGUGGAGGUAUGGGCCGUCUGCCGAUACAAGGAGUUGGAUGGUACCGACGGAACAUUUCCUGGACGGAAUCCGAAGCCGCUGUCGGUAGGCAGGCAUACCUCGAUGUCGACGGAGCAAUGUCGUAUGCGAUUGUAUGGCUCAACGGAAAACUGGUUGGAGGGUGGCCAUACCCGUACAACUCGUUCCGUCUGGACCUGACGCCAUACCUUGAGCCGGGAGAUGGAAACCUGCUGGCAAUUCGCCUGGACAACCCCAAUGAGUCGGCUCGUUGGUAUCCAGGUGCCGGAAUCUACAGAAAUGUCUGGUUAACGAAGACCUCUUCGGUACAUGUCGGUUACGAUGGGACAUACGUGACCACGAGCGACGUAUCUUCAGACUCAGCGGUUGUUGAGCUCAGCGUACAGGUCUCGAAUAAAGGGUCAACGGCCAACGGGGUCGAAGUUGUAACGGCUGUGCACACUUUCGAUCCGCAAACUGGCAAGUUAGGAGAUCAGAUUGCUGAGUCCUCACGCUCGCCCGUCGCUGUCGAGGCAAAGGCCAGCCACUCGACCAACUUUUCAAUCACGAUACCAAACCCCAAGUUAUGGAGCCCGGAAGAGCCGAGUCUUUACGCUGCCAUCACGAGCAUCUACUCCAACGGGACCGAAGUUGACACUUACGAGACUCGAUUCGGAAUCCGUACCAUUACCUAUGACCCUAAACAGGGGCUCUUCGUCAAUGGGGAGCAUAUCAAGAUCCAAGGAGUAAACCAGCAUCACGACCUUGGCGCCUUAGGUGCUGCAUUCAAUGUCAGGGCAGCCGAGAGGCAGCUCGAGAUUAUGCAAGAAAUGGGAGUGAAUGCAAUCCGGUUCUCCCACAACCCGCCAGCGCCGGAGCUCCUCGACCUGACAGACCGUAUGGGCUUCCUUGUAAUGGAUGAGAUUUUCGACUCUUGGCAGCGCAAAAAGACCGACAAUGACUUCCACCUGAUCUUCGAUGACUGGCAUGAGGCAGAUUUACGGGCCAUGGCUCGCCGUGACCGCAAUCACCCGUCUAUAUUCGUUUGGAGCUACGGAAAUGAGGUUGGUGAGCAGUAUACUGAUGAGACCGGCGCCGCACUCUCGGCAAGUCUCCGCGAUAUCCUCCGCGAGGAGGACCCGACUCGUUUGUCCUCGGCCAGCCAGAAUUAUGCGACCCCCGAUCUUCCCUGGAGCGAGGCGGUCGACUUGUUCUACCUGAACUACCAGGGCGCCGGCAUCAGAAACACAGAAGCCUACGGAAACAUGACUGGCAUUCAUACGGAGCCUUUGUACCCAGUGUAUCAUUCCAAAUUCCCAGAUAAGAUGAUUCUCAGCUCCGAGACCGCCUCGACUCUUAGCACAAGGGGCACAUACAUUUUUCCUGUCACAGGCUAUAAUUCCGCUCCGAUCAACGACUCAUCCGGCGGCGACUCGGUUGGGCGGAGGGUCAGUGACUACGGCCUGUACACAGCAAACUUCGGCUCCUCCCCGGACAAGGUGUUUGCAGCUCAAGACGCCAACCCCUUCGUCGCAGGAGAGUUCGUAUGGACAGGAUUCGACUACAUCGGCGAGCCAACGCCGUACUACACCACACGGAGCUCCUACAGCGGUAUCGUAGAUCUGGCCGGAUUCAAAAAGGACCGCUUCUAUCAGUACCAGACAAGGUGGAGGCCGGACCUGAGAAUUGCGCACAUUUUGCCUCACUGGUCGUGGCCGGAGAGAGUUGGCCUUGUAACGCCAGUGCACGUCUUCUCGGAGGCAGACAGUGCCGAACUGUUCCUCAAUGGCGAAUCACUGGGUAAGAAGGCGCGAGAUGAGGGAGAGUAUCGCUUCCGCUGGGACGAGGUUGUAUACCAGCCAGGCGAGGUGAGCGUCGUGACGUACAGAGGCGACGAGGCCUGGGCAAAUGCUACUGUUAGCACGGCAGGGGAUGCGGCCGGGUUACAACUGAGCGCUGAUCGGACCGCGAUCCAAGCCGAUGGGCUUGACCUGUCCUUCAUCACGGCUACCGUUGUGGAUGAGAGUGGCAAUGUUGUCCCAUUUGCCAACAAUGCAAUAAGCUUCAACGUCGAAGGGCCGGGUGAGAUCGUUGCGACGGACAAUGGAGAUCCGGCGGAUUUUACUGCCUUCCCAUCACUCGAGCGCAAGGCGUAUAGCGGCCUUGCUCUGGCCAUUGUACGCUCCACUGGCCCAGGCGCGAUCACAAUCACGGCUGUCGGCGAGGGAUUGGACAGUGGGGAGGUAGCGCUCGAGGCUGAGUAG